UUUUGGCAUUAGACUCGGGACUCGUUUUGAAGAGUAAAAAUUUGAUAUUUUACUUGCAAUCUACCAGUUUUUCUGGUAAUUUUGUGGAUUAUUCUAUAUGAAACAAGUUAGUGAUAGCCUAUAGUUUGAUUUGGUCACUUGAAAAUGAUUGAUGUCAGUGCUCCGAAUUACCCACAAGAUGAGGCUAACGGAGUCACUGACAUGAACACUGUUUACCAACAAGUGUCAGUCUAUGCACCGGAUAUUGCCUGUGAAUUUAUUUCUCACAGAAUUAUGCAAGAAAUCAUCCCUGGCGUAUAUCUAGGAUCAUUUAUGGCUGCUCAGAAACACUGCCUCUUGGAGAAUGGGAUCAGAUAUAUAGUUUGUGUACGACAAGAUGUAGAGGCACAUUUUAUCAAGCCUCAAAUUAGUGACCCAAAUUUUACUUAUCUUACACUGAACAUAGCAGAUAAUGCUACCGAAAAUAUUAUAAGAUUUUUUCCGAAAGUGCGACAAUUUAUAGACGAAGCUCUUUCCAACAAUUGCAAAGUGCUUGUCCAUGGGAACAAUGGCAAUUCUAGAAGUGCCACUUUGGUUUUGGCAUAUAUUAUGGAAAAGUUUGGUUUAAGUAGCAGUGAAGCGCUAGAAUACGUCAAAGAGAAACGUGCUUCAGUGAACCCUAACGAGGGUUUCCGUGCUCAGUUGGUAGAAUACGAGCCGAUUUACAAAGCCCGUCAGAUUCUGGCCAACGGAGAAUCGUCCAGCGACUGCAGGCAAAAACGUAAAUGCGAACAGUUGACGGAAACGGUGGAUUAUAAUGUUAUCCAGAGGCCUCCCAGUCCGGAUUUGGACAACAAUAAUCAGGAGUGUCCACAAUCAGAUGCAGAAUUCUCCAACCAUUUGUACAGGUUAUGGCUGUUAAAGCGAAGUUAGGAAAUUUAACGUUAAAAGGUAUAUUGGAUUUGUUUAUAUAGUUGUAAGGAAUGAAAAUUAUUGAAUAUGUAAGUAUUUAUAUAGAACAUGAUGGUAUGUAAAGAUGCUGUACUAAUUCCUAGAUACUUUUCUACAAGCCGGUUUUGAGAAAGCAUUAUUGAAAGUCAUGAUUAAAAUUGAGAGAAUACGAUAAGUUGAGGUAUGUUAAAUAUGAAUUAAGAGGGAACAUCCGGGUAUACAGCGGAAAGAAUAGGUGAAUCUUAACACUCGGUUCGAUUUUAUCCAGGUUUGUUUUAUUUGAAAGUAUGUUGACAAGUUUCUUUAUAAAUAUGUCUCGACUGGAAACGGUGCUGUAAUGGCCAGCAUAAAAAAUGUCGCUUGCUCGCACAGUGUGUGGUUCCCAAGAUUACAUGCAGUUAGUUGGUUGAAUUGAAACAAAAAUUUCAAAAAGAUUGCCCUUCGCAAUGUAGGAUUAAAAAAAAGCAAUGGAGGUCGACUGAAAUUUGCAUUCGUUUUUCAACCUUAAUUUCCAAUCUGGCUUUAUAAAAAAAAUAAAUUAAAUGAAAAAAGAAACCUAUGAUCCGAAGUAGAAAAUAUUGUGUAAAAUUUUGAAAGCAAUCCUUCGAGCCAGUUUCCAAAUAUUUUUGGAACUGUUCUUGAGCAGUAUGUUUCGAGAUAAUCACGUUUGAUGUUUGGCAGAGAAUUGAUGCGCUUGGGAACUUGAUCACAUGACAACGUUUUACGUUUUUACAGUUCUUGGAAUAUCAAGAAAACGUUUAUACACGAUAUUCUUCAUAUUCCAAAUUUGUAGAAUAUUUUUUUUGGAAAAUUGACUUGUAAAAAACAAUAAUUUACUUAAUAUACUGGGUGUUCCAUUUUAAUUUGAUACAUAUAAAUAUCUCGUCAGAGAAGCCGCCAAUCAAAAAAUGACCUAAAGGAAAAUUUGUUCAGUUCACUGCAGGAAACCAGAUGCUUACCUAGGAUUUGACCUUGACCUCACCUUGCAGAUCAACAGAAGGUCAACUUCGAAAUUUUAAAUGGGAUCCCCUAUUUUUAACCUUGAAAAUGGAUUCAACAGAAAAUUUUACAUCCGGAUGUGAUCACAACUUUGAAAGGUCAAGGUCGAGGUUACAACGGGUUUAAAUGAUUGGUCAUCCUUGAAGCAAUCUCGGAAUAAGUUGUUGACCUCCAGAGUCAAUGGGAUUUACAUCAAGGUACUCAAUCACGACCUUCGAUUCGUCCUUGACCUCCACUUUGUCAAGGUCAUUUGAAGAUCGACUAUAAAAAUGGACCUUCACCUCUACAAAUGUUGCGAAAGAUGUUCUGGAUUGAAUUUGAAGGUUCACUUUGUUUUCUUUUCUGCCAGGCCGUGUAUUUCUUAGAUCAGAUCUUGGGAAAACGGCAAAUUUGUAUCCAAGUAUGCUGCAAAGUAAGGGAUCAAAUAAAAAGUUCAUUUGAAGAUCUGGUGAAGAUUUAAAUCCAGAAUACUAACGUAAUUUCAACAUAAUUCAAUGGCUCACAAAUAGUAGUGUGAUAUUUUUAUUUUUUUAAAUUUUUCACCGUCAGUCAGUUUUACUUUGUAACGUACUCAGAUAUCUCUUUUUUCAAUUCUCAAACUAAGUUAUACCUUCGUUGAGUAACAAGAUAUUUUUAUCAGUCUUCCCUCACUCGUUCGUAGCAUUAUUUUUUCCUACAAUUGUUACAGUCGACCUUCAAAUGACCUUGACAAAGUGAAGGUCAAGGAUGAAUCCAGGGUCGCGAUUGAGUACCUUGAUGUAAAUCCCAUCGAUUCUGGAGGUCAACAUCUUAUUCCGAGGCUGCUGCAAGGGUGACGAAUCAUUUAAACUCGUUGUAACCUGACCUUGACCUCAAGGUCAAAGUUAUGAUCACAUCAGGAUGUAAAAUUUUCUGCUGAGUCAAUUUCCAAGGUUAAAAAUAGAGGAUCCCAUUUAAAAUUCCAAAGUUGACCUUCAAGGCGAGGUCAAGGUCAAAUCCUAGGUAAGCAGCUGGUUUCCCCCAGUGAACUGAACAAUUUUUACUUUAGGCCAUUUUUCGAUUGGUGGCUUCUCUGAUGAGAUAUUUACGAGUAUCAAUUAAAAUGGGACACCCGGUAUAUUAAGUACAUUGAGUAAAGUUUUUGUUUUUACUUGGCUGUUAAUCUGCAACUCCCAGACCAUAUAGUAGACCCUCCGCAGCACUGGCAGUGAUCCGUGCCUGUCUUCGUUCAAUCCUCCCUUCACAGGUCAUGUUGUGAGUUUCUACUUUGGCGGUAUGCAUGCGUUCUGCAUCUUCGAUGUCCCAAUGUUGAUCAGCGUUUGUUCCCACAUUAAAAUCUAAUGCAUUCCGGUAAAUUGCCCAUAACUCGCAAUUACUGAAAUUUCUAAAUGAAAUUUGCACACAAUAUUCGUAAGAUGAGCGGUAAAAAAAAUUUGAAGAAAACAUUUUCUUUUAUUUGUAUAUUUCCCCUUAAACCUUAAAAUUGACUAAAUUGGGGAUUUUCAUUGUUAUUAUUUAUUUAUUAUUAUUUUUUUACUCGGAACUAUUGAAAUUGAAACUGUGUUCUUACAGGAAUGUUAUCCAUUUCAUUUUCCUUUUCAAUAGAAACUUUCUUUUCUUUAUAAAACACUCAUUUGUGUCAUUUUUGAAGCUUUGUUCAUCAUUAAAGUUCUCUUUUAACUAUUAUUUUCUACCCAUUAAAUUAAAAUAAAGCUAAAAGUUUUCUAUGACUUAAAGCUAAUGUUGUAUGAAUUAUUUGUGAUUCCUUUUUUUAUUAUUAAUUUAACCAAGCAUUUCCACUUAUGUGGAAAUUUCAAUUUUCCUAGUUAUCUUAAAAUCCAAGAUUUUCUAUAAGAAAUUAUUAGAAAAAUCUUAUAGCUCUAGAUAAGUAAAAUGCAGUAUUAAAAUAUUGUCAUUUAUUUCUGGGACACUCUGUAUAAUGUCGCGAAGAGUAUGGUUCUGUUAGAAGAUAUUUUUCCAAUUUUUGGUCUCCCAAGAUUUCUCUUCAUUCCUUGUUCACCUGAUUAAAUGUCAACAUCAACAGUAAAUCUGAAAAGAUUUAAUCUUGAGUAAAAAAGAAAUGACGAUAUGCAAAUUGCAAAAAAAAAGUUACAGGCUAUUUUUUUUAAUGAUAUUUGAAAAAGUAUUUUCCAAAUAAAAUCAACUGAGCCCAUUUGAUCGAGUGGUAUUCGAAUCUAUAAGAAACAAACUAACAUUGAUUUUUAUAUGUAAUUUUUUUUUAAACGUAGUUUACAAAUGUAAAAAAAAUCGAAAAGGGCUGUUCGAAAAUGAUUUAAAAAUACACUUCUGCACGGCACUGGAAACUUUGAACUUCAUCAAUAGUUGGUUCAAAAAUUUCUAACGUUUCUUUAGAACAAAUUUAAAAGUUCCACAAUAAUUAUAUUGAUUUAGAAUUAUCUGUAAAUUCCGAAUUGGUGAGUGUUAAGAAUUGGACAACCAGAAACAUUUUAAGUUUGUUGGCGGUACUGGAAAGCUCAUGUUUUCUUAUUGGGACAUUUUUUUGUUUUAUAUAAUCUAAUAUCUCACUAUUUUCAGAUUUUCUGAACAUGACUGCAAUUUUACAGUGAUGCAAUUAUAUCCACCCCUCUUGAUAACUUAUAAAUUUAAAUUUAGGAAAAUAUGUAUCUACCUGUUUGUUUUAAAAAAAAUCAGUAAACCCAGGGGUGUCCAAACAUUGCGAGCAGAGGCCUAAAUAAAAUUUUCUGGUGGACCAAACCUAAAAUUUUCCUAUUUGUAACAUGUGGUUGUUCCAUUAUGCCAUCGGCAUAAGUAAAAAAAAAGUUUAAUUAUUUUUUUUAAUAGAUUUAAAAGGUGCAUGUUUUAUAAUUAUAAUUUCCUAAAAAUUGCAAAUCCUAUGUCUAUGACUUAUAUAUCACCACAUUCUUUUACAUCUCUCAAAGUGUCCUCAGUAUUUCCAUAAUAUUAUUGUCUUCAAUAUUUUUUUAUGAUCGACUAUUUUUUUCUUGCGUUCAUUUAUUUUUCUCAGUUAAAAAAAAAG